GUAAUUGAUUGAUUUGGUUACCGCUUAGCUGAAUAGAUCUAUAUUGGGCUGCCGCAAACGCCUUUGGCGCCCCCGUGAGUGACGCACGUCGGCAGCGUGAACGUGUGAGCGGUUGUUAUUGUUGUUGUACCAUUGCUACGCAAGCGUCCGACGAAAGCAAGUGUAUGUGUGUGUGAGUGUUGAAGAGCAGCGCAAAAUUACAACAAAUUUUUAACAAUAAAAAAAGCAUUUCCUAGCUGUCCAGACAAAAGUGCAAGUUUUGAUUGUACAGAUUUACAAACUGAGAAAAACGCGCGUUUAUGCUGUCUAUAAACAUACAAAAUUGUUGGAGUGGUGAGUGAGUGUGCGAUUGCGAGUGCUUUAGUACCAAAAACCCUAAAAUAUAACAUCCAAACGAACCAACACACACAGUGAGUAGCGAUAUUGGCUAAGACUAAGAAGACGGAGACAGCAGCAGCCGCGGCAACCUAGAAGGUGGUAGAGGUGCUAGUGCGCCGCGGCUUUGAUGCCCGCCGUAGCCGUAUGUGACGUUGCCGAUACGACCGACGACCAGGUGGCAAGUACGCCCACUUCGGCAAUCUAAAUACAGAGGCAAAUUGGCAAAGUGCUAAGAAAUCCUCAAGUGGUUGUUGACACAAGCCACAGAUAGGCAACAACUACAAUAACAAGCUGCAAAAGCCGCAGCAGCAACAACUACGGACGCAACGACGCUCGUGACCUCAUCAUCGGCAGCAACAACAACAGAGCGGGCGCGUGGCGCUUGCGGUGUGUAGUGGAGUAUCGCGCAUUUGAGUAUAUAUACAUACGUGUGUGUGCGUGUGUGUGUGCGCACUGAGCGCAUUUGUAUAAGUGCGGUGGAGGUGGAGUAGUGCAAAGAGCGUUUGCGCAAAAAGCCACAGCCAUAGCUUCUCAUUCACUGCGGACAGGGAGAUCUAACAAAUCGACUGUGUUCUGGCCACAGGCCAUCAGAGCGCCUAGCUACUGAAACGGCGCUUCCUGAACUCACAGCCGCAUGAGCAGUCGUCUUCCGAACGAUUGCUGCAAUUGCUUUGAUUUUGAUUAGUUCGCAGCCGUUUUUGUAAGUGAGCUGCCGCUACCGCUACUGUUCUUGGUGUUUAUUUAGCUGACUUUGCAGCUGAAGCCGGCAGCUAAGGAAACACGACCAGCAGUAUCACCAUUUUGCUUCCAAAGGCACACAUCGCAAGGAAUAUUUAGCAGCUGCAUGCUGCAGCUUUUGGCCAUAAUCGUUUAGGAUUAGCAGCUAGCCAUGGAUGUGGAGAGGCGGCGUCGAGCGACGACGCUCGAGCAGAAUAUGCGUGAUCCCUACAGCAUAUGCAAUGUGGACUGCCUGCUGGAUACGGUAUCGGCACUCGUUAGCGACUGCGAUCACGAGUCGCUGAAGCGCCUUAAAAACAUCGAACAAUAUGCAUCAAAAUAUAAGCCGGUGGCCCAACGCAUCAAUCAGCUGCGAAUGAAUGUGGAGGACUUUGAUUUCAUCAAGUUAAUUGGCGCCGGCGCCUUUGGCGAAGUACAGCUGGUGCGACACAAAUCGUCCAGUCAGGUGUACGCCAUGAAGCGGCUGUCCAAAUUCGAGAUGAUGAAGCGACCGGACUCUGCAUUCUUCUGGGAAGAACGUCACAUAAUGGCGCAUGCCAAUUCCGAGUGGAUUGUCCAGCUGCACUUUGCCUUCCAGGACACAAAAUACCUCUACAUGGUGAUGGACUUUAUGCCCGGCGGCGACAUUGUAUCGCUCAUGAGUGACUACGAGAUACCCGAGAAGUGGGCCAUAUUCUAUACGAUGGAGGUGGUGUUGGCUCUAGACACCAUACACAAUAUGGGCUUUGUGCACCGCGACGUGAAGCCGGACAACAUGCUCCUGGACCGCUACGGCCAUCUGAAGCUUGCUGAUUUCGGAACCUGUAUGCGUAUGGGCGCAAACGGCCAGGUGGUGUCCAGCAAUGCGGUCGGCACACCCGACUACAUUAGUCCUGAGGUGCUGCAGUCGCAGGGUGUGGAUAAUGAGUACGGGCGCGAAUGUGAUUGGUGGUCUGUGGGCAUAUUUCUGUACGAAAUGCUCUUUAGUGAGACACCCUUUUAUGCCGACUCACUGGUUGGCACAUAUGGCAAGAUUAUGGAUCACAAGAACUCGCUGAGCUUUCCGGCGGAAGUGGAAAUUAGCGAGAAUGCAAAGGCGCUGAUUCGCGCCUUUCUAACAGAUCGCACACAGCGCCUAGGACGCUACGGAAUCGAUGAGAUAAAGGCGCACCCGUUCUUCCGCAACGAUCUGUGGUCCUUUGAUAAUAUACGCGAAAGUGUGCCACCGGUGGUACCAGAGCUCUCGUCGGAUGAUGAUACACGCAACUUCGAGGAUAUCGAACGCGAUGAGAAACCGGAGGAGAUGUUCCCAGUGCCAAAAACCUUCGAUGGCAAUCACUUGCCCUUCAUUGGCUUCACUUAUACGGGCGACUAUCAGCUCCUAUCCAGCGACACUGUGGAUGCGGAAGCAAAAGAGUCGGCCUCAAAUGCUGCUAAUGCGAGCAACAAUCAUGGCCACAAUCACAGGCACAGGCCGUCCAAUUCCAAUGAGCUAAAGCGUUUGGAGGCGCUGUUGGAACGCGAACGAAGUCGCGCCGAAGCGUUAGAAAAGCAGGACACCAACCUGCGACAGCAAAUCGAGCUGAGUACAAAGCGCGAGGCGGAGUUGCAACGAAUUGCGACCGAAUACGAGAAGGAUCUGGCACUACGCCAGCAUAACUAUAAAGUGGCCAUGCAGAAGGUGGAGCAGGAGAUUGAGUUACGCAAGAAGACAGAGGCGCUGCUCGUUGAGACCCAGCGUAACUUAGAGAAUGAGCAGAAGACACGCACUCGCGAGAUAAACAUCAAUGAGAAGGUGACCUUGCUGGAGAAACAACUGGCAGAGAUGGAGGAGAAUUUCAAAAACGAAACGGAGCACACACAAAAGCUGAAGAAGCAAAACGCAGAGCUCGGCUUCACGCUUAAGACGCACGAGGAGAAGGUGAGCGACAUGGUUGACAUUAUCGACACCCUGCAGAAGCACAAAGAGGAGCUGGGCCAGGAGAACGCGGAGCUACAGGCGCAAGUCGUGCAGGAGAAGAACAUGCGAUCGCAAUUGAAGGAGUUGCACAAGGAGGCCGAGAACAAAAUGCAAACGCUCUCCAAUGACAUUGAGCGCACGCUCCAACGUGAACAGAAGGCACAAGAGGAUAAUCGUGUGCUGCUCGAGAAAAUAAGCGAGUUGGAGAAGACGAACGCGAGCCUAGACUUUGAGCUAAAGGCGGCGCAGGGUCGCUAUCAGCAGGAGGUGAAGGCUCAUCAGGAGACCGAAAAGUCGCGCUUGGUAUCGCGUGAGGAGGCCAAUCUGCAGGAGGUGAAGGCGCUGCAGUCAAAGCUCAACGAAGAAAAGUCGGCCCGCUUUAAGGCCGAUCAGAAUUCGCAGGAGAAAGAACGCCAACUUAACAUGCUGUCCGUAGACUAUCGUCAGAUCCAACUGCGUUUGCAAAAACUAGAGGGAGAAUAUCGGCAGGAAUCCGAGAAGGUGGCCGCCCUUCAAUCCCAGCUGGAGCAGGAGCACAGUAAACGCAACUCGCUGCUCUCUGAGCUGAGUUUGCACAGCUCCGAAGUGGCGCAUUUGCGCUCGCGCGAGAAUCAGCUUCAGAAGGAACUGGGAGUGCAACGUGAGGCCAAGCGUCGCUUUGAGGAGGAUCUCACGCAACUAAAGAGCACACAUCAUGAGGCGUUGGCAAAUAAUCGUGAACUGCAGGCGCAACUUGAGGCGGAACAAUGCUUCUCACGACUGUAUAAAACUCAGGCCAACGAGAAUCGCGAGGAGAGUGCCGAACGUCUGUCCAAGAUUGAAGAUCUUGAGGAGGAACGCGUUUCGUUGAAGCACCAAGUACAGGUGGCAGUGGCGCGUGCCGAUUCCGAGGCACUCGCUCGAUCCAUUGCCGAGGAGACAGUGGCUGAUUUAGAGAAGGAGAAGACCAUCAAGGAGCUUGAGCUGAAGGACUUCAAAAUGAAGCAUCGCAAUGAGAUUAAUGCCAAGGAGGCCGCAUUGGCCACGGUCAAGGAGAGUGAAGCAGAAGUCCACAAGAAGCUCAGCCUCAAGGCCAAGGAAUUGGAGGACCUGAUCCAACAGCACAAGAAGCAGCAGGAUGAGAUGUUGCAGUCGCGCAUUGCCAAGGACGAGGAAAUCGUUAAGCUUCAGGAUAAGUGCAAGAACGAGAUGCUGCUAAAGCAGGUGGCUGUCAACAAACUGGCAGAGGUCAUGAACAGGCGCGAUUCCGAUUUGCAAAAGCAAAAGAGCAAGGCGCGCUCAACUGCCGAACUGCGCAAAAAGGAGAAGGAGAUGCGUCGUUUACAGCAGGAGCUCUCGCAAGAGCGGGACAAAUACAAUCAGCUGUUACUUAAGCAUCAGGACCUCCAACAACAAACCGCAGAGGAGCAGCAGUUGAAGCACAAGAUGAUCAUGGAGAUUGAUUGCAAGGCCACUGAAAUCGAGCAUUUGCAGUCGAAGUUGAAUGAGACGGCCUCCCUUUCGUCGGCGGACAAUGAUCCGGAGGAUAGUCAGCACUCAUCUCUGCUCUCACUCACACAGGACUCGGUCUUUGAGGGCUGGCUGAGCGUGCCAAAUAAACAGAAUCGUCGUCGCGGCCAUGGCUGGAAGCGCCAAUACGUGAUUGUCUCAUCUCGCAAAAUCAUUUUCUACAACUCGGACAUCGACAAGCACAACACAACCGAUGCGGUUCUUAUACUGGAUCUGAGCAAAGUCUAUCAUGUGCGGUCGGUCACACAAGGCGAUGUCAUACGUGCCGAUGCCAAAGAGAUACCGCGCAUCUUUCAGCUGCUCUAUGCCGGUGAAGGCGCCUCACAUCGUCCCGAUGAGCAAAGUCAAUUGGAUGUAAGCGUCCUGCACGGCAGCAGCAAUGAGGAGCGACCAGGCACCAUCAUACACAAGGGUCACGAGUUCGUGCACAUUACUUACCAUAUGCCCACGGCCUGUGAGGUGUGUCCGAAGCCGCUGUGGCACAUGUUUAAGCCGCCGGCGGCGUACGAAUGCAAGAGAUGCCGCAAUAAGAUACACAAGGAGCAUGUGGACAAGCACGAUCCGCUGGCGCCCUGCAAACUGCAUCACGAUCCGCGAAGCGCACGUGAUAUGCUGCUGCUCGCCAGCACGCCGGAGGAGCAAUCGCUGUGGGUGGCGCGUCUAUUGAAGCGUAUCCAAAAGAGUGGAUAUAAGGCGAAUUCCUCCAACAACAAUAGCACAGAUGGCAGCAAAAUCUCACCUAGCCAGUCAACUCGAUCCGCCUACAAACCCUAUGCGGUCAAUGUCCAACGCUCCGCAACGCUGCCGGCCAACUCUUCGUUGAAGCAAUGAGAGGAAGAGAUAGAGAGAAAGAAACAGAAACAGAAACAAACAGAGAAAGAGAAAGAGAGAGCUCGAAACAUAGAAGUGGCCUAGAAAGUUGUCUUCUCGUUUUUAGACUGCUUUACAAACUACAUGUAUAUCUAAUGUUUAUAUAUACAUAUAUAUACAUAUAUAUUAUAUUCAUAACCUCUUACGUUUACUUAAUUUAUCGCUACUUGCAAACGCGCCUAUACAAUUUUUUUGGUUUGUUUAACUUACUACUAAACUUUAAUUAAAAUGUGUAAAGCAACCAACAUAACAACGCUUUAUUAACAACAAUCAAAAAUAAAAACGAAACGAAAGAAAAGAACAAUAAGUGUAACUAACUAUUGCUAAUGUCAAUUUCGAAAAAACAAAAAGAACUUCCAUUUAAAGAAAAUAAUAUUAAUAAUCAUAUAAAUAAUAAUAAGAUGAAAAGUACUUUAUAUUUUUUUAGAAAAUAGUCUGUCAUUUAGUUGUAAUUUUUAUGAUGGCCGCCCCCCACAUUUGUUUUGUAAGCAAUUUUAAUUUCUGCUAAUUUAUAAGUCGCGAGAAACAGCUAAGCCAAUAAAUGUGCAGCACAAUAACAAAUCGAAAAAGCAAUCCAAUUUCUAAACAUUUAAUGCCUUUUAGUUUAAUGUGUAAUUAGGCUAUGCAAGAUGUAUGAAUUGUAAUUGAGGAAACGAAACAUGUUCUUUAAGAAGUAAGAAGUGUAAUAAUCGAAAUGUGAGUUACUUUUUACUGUAACUCGAUAUAAAGCAAAAA